AUGUUUUAUAUACUUUUUUCACUAUUUGGGAACAAGGAUCCCAGUGAUUUAAUAGUAUUAUUGAAUAACAAGUACACUCUAAAUCAAAGAAGCAGCUACGGAAUUUGUUUAGAUAAACUUGGACUUUAUUAUACUCCUCAAGACUCAAUUGAUGUCUCUGACAUUACAAAGAAGUUUAAGAGCAUGAAUUUGGACUACAUGCUAACUAGGAAUGCUACAUUUCUUUCAAAUGGAACUUUAGACGAUUCUUGCGAAAUGGGAAAGUUCCUUAUCUCUCUUGGGUUUAACACAUAUGAUUUCUCAAAUAAAUCACCAUAUCCAAAUGUCCCAAACACCAGCAAUCAAAUGGACGCGAGCAAAAUGUCAAAACCUCAACCUCCACCAGAAAAGUUAAUACUGCUUAACGGAAAUGAAUACAGAUUGAAUGAGAGAAGUAACAUUGCAAGCAGCCUUGCUAAUAUGGGCUUGUUCUACAAAGCAAAGCAUAGAAUUGAUGUCGAUCAGAUGACAGAAAUGUUCAAGGGCUUGGAUAUCAACCAUAUGAAAAGUUUGAGAGUAAUAAUGAGAGCAGAUGGAACUCUUGAUCGCAGAUGCCAAAUGGCAAAAUAUCUUAAAUCUCUUGGAUUUGAUCUCGAUGAUUUUCAUGAAAGAUUAUAA